GUAGUAUAGUUUAGGAAAUUUUAUUUGCCCUUCAAAGGGUAGUCACUUUCCUUUUUCUUCCCUACUUACAAAAAUCUAUACACAUCAAUACGCAGAGAGAUAGAGAGAUAAGAGUGUAGAGAGAGAAAGUCUAAUUGUUUCUCCUGUAAACUGCAAGCCGAUCUUGUCUGAAAAUGGCGGUGUGCAGCAAAAUGUCAAGUUUUCUACUGAUUUUGCUGAUUCUUAGUUCGACCCAUUUCAGUCUAAUGGCUAAUGGUAGACAAGAGCCAAGCUCGCAUGUAUCCACCACUGAGACAGGAGAUCAAGAUCAGAAGAUGAUGAUGAGAGGUUUAAUAGGAUCACGACCACCAAGAUGUGAGAGAGUGAGAUGUCGUUCUUGUGGUCACUGUGAAGCAAUUCAAGUUCCUACAAAUCCUCAAACAAAGCUUCAUUCUCCUUCUUCUUCUUCUUCCUCUGAGAUUAUUAAUCUUGAUUACACCAGAGGAGACGACAGUACUAAUUAUAAACCCAUGAGCUGGAAAUGCAAAUGUGGUAACUCAAUCUAUAACCCUUGAAAGACUUUGUUUCUCUUUUGUCGACAAUUUUUCACUUUUUUUUGGGGGUUCCAAUUCUAAAAUCUCUGUGUACAUAUAUAUGUUUAGUUGUAAUCUUCAGAGUUUCUGAUAAUUCUGUGUUGUUGAUUCAGAUUAUGUUGUUUACUAUAGUGUAGUUAACAAAAGCAGAGAUGAAUAAAAAAAAUUGUGUUAUCCAAAAUGGUUUGUUUUUAAUUUUAGGUAACUAUUAUGAAUUUUUUGUUUCGCAC